CUGCUUGUCGGCCGGCGGGGUGAGGGCGCGGCGCGCGGGCCGGCGGCAUGGCCGUGUCUUGGAGGAGCUGGCUGGCCAACGAAGGGGUUAAACACCUCUGCUUGCUUAUCUGGCUCUCCCUGAAUGUCCUGCUUUUCUGGAAAACCUUUCUGCUGUAUAACCAAGGGCCAGAGUAUCACUACCUCCACCAGAUGCUGGGGCUAGGAUUGUGUCUAAGCAGAGCCUCUGCAUCUGUUCUUAACCUCAACUGCAGCCUUAUCCUCUUACCCAUGUGCCGCACGCUCCUGGCUUAUCUUCGAGGAUCGCAGAAGGUUCCAAGCCGGAGAACCAGAAGAUUGUUGGAUAAAAGCAGAACAUUCCACAUAACCUGUGGUGUGACUAUCUGUAUUUUCUCAGGUGUGCACGUGGCCGCCCACCUGGUUAAUGCCCUCAACUUCUCAGUGAACUACCGUGAGGAUUUUGUCGAACUGAAUGCAGCAAGAUACCGAGAGGAGGAUCCUAGAAAACUGCUCUUCACAACUGUUCCUGGCCUGACAGGAGUCUGCAUGGUACUGGUGCUGUUCUUGAUGAUUACAGCUUCAACAUAUGCGAUACGAGUUUCUAACUAUGACAUCUUCUGGUAUACUCAUAAUCUCUUCUUUGUCUUCUACAUGUUGCUGAUGUUACAUGUAUCAGGAGGGCUGCUGAAGUAUCAGACUAAUUUAGAUAGCCACCCUCCUGGCUGCAUGAAUCUUAAUGGAACCCACUACCAGAAUACUCAUUUACCAGGGCAUUUCUCAGAACAUUUUCAUGAAUCUUCUCCUGGAGGAUUUUCAAAGCCUGAUGAACUUACCCAGGACACGUUUGUGAAGAUUUGUAUGGAAGAGCCCAGGUUCCAAGCUAAUUUUCCACAGACCUGGCUUUGGAUUUCUGGACCUUUGUGCCUAUAUUGUGCUGAAAGGCUUUACAGGUGUAUCCGGAGCAAUAAGCCAGUCACCAUCAUCUCAGUCACAAGUCAUCCAUCAGAUGUCAUGGAAAUCCGAAUGGUCAAAGAAAAUUUUAAAGCAAGACCUGGCCAGUACAUUAUUCUACAUUGUCCCAGUGUGUCUGCAUUAGAAAACCAUCCAUUUACUCUCACAAUGUGUCCUACUGAAACCAAAGCAACAUUUGGUGUUCAUCUUAAGAUAGUAGGAGACUGGACAGAACGAUUUCGAGACUUACUACUUCCACCAUCUAGUCAAGACUCCGAGAUUCUGCCCUUCAUUCAAUCUAGAAAUUAUCCCAAGCUAUAUAUUGAUGGUCCCUUUGGAAGUCCAUUUGAAGAGGCACUGAACUACGAGGUUAGCCUCUGCGUGGCUGGAGGCAUUGGAGUCACUCCGUUUGCAUCACUCCUCAACACUCUGCUGGAUGACUGGAAACCAUACAAGCUUAGAAGAUUGUAUUUUAUUUGGGUAUGCAGAGAUAUCCAGUCCUUCCGCUGGUUUGCAGACUUACUCUGUGUGUUGUAUAACAAGUUUUGGCAAGAGAACAGACCUGAUUAUGUCAACAUUCAGCUGUACCUCAGUCAGACAGAUGGGAUACAGAAGAUAAUUGGAGAAAAAUAUCAAGCACUGAAUUCAAGACUUUUUAUUGGACGUCCUCGGUGGAAACUUCUGUUUGAUGAAAUAGCAAAAUGUAACAGAGGGAAAACAGUUGGUGUUUUUUGCUGUGGACCCAAUUCGAUUUCUAAGACUCUUCAUAAGCUGAGUAAUCAAAACAAUUCCUAUGGGACAAGAUUUGAGUACAAUAAAGAAUCUUUCAGUUGAAAAACCUCUGAGAUGAACAAGGACUCUAAAGAAGGAAUGAGUGCAAUUUCUAAGGCUUUGAAAUGCAGCUGAAUCAAACAGCUGUGUCAUGACAAACAGUAGCAAGGUUUUCUUAUUUAUGAUUAUUUAAAAUGGAAAUGGGGAGAGAAUGUGGCAGGAUGACAGGUCACAUUACAUGUUUAAUCUGGAAACCAAAGAGGCCCUGAAGGAUAUCUGAUGUGAUUAUUCACUUUUCACUGCUCAGAUUAAAAGAAAACUAUUAGGUGCACACUGUUGAUUCUUAUGGCAGAUUCAAGAACUCCCUAGUGGCGAGUUGCACUUGCUCAUGUGAGGCUGGUAGCCUUGGUUCUCUUUUAAAUUGUUUUUGGUUGAACAAAUGCGAGAUUGAACAAAAUUUAAAAAGCUUUGAAACUCAGAUUACAUUUUCUACAUGAGUAUAAACAGAGAAGCAUUGAUUUAGAAAAGCUCCAGGCCAAUAUAUUAGGUGUCUGAAAAUACAGCACAGGAUUCCGAGUUGAUACGGGUACUUGGUGUUGCUUGCUCACUACUGAUGCUAAUACCUCUACUUGAUAUCUGUAGGCUUUAUGCUCAAUGAACCUUUUGCAGAUGCUGAUAUAAUAUCUAUUGAUUUUUUAAAAUAUUUUUCUUUCAUCUUUGUUCCUUUGUCUAGGGAAAUCUGCCCUCCCUUGUCAUGUGUUAGACACGAUGAUUUAAUCACUCUUUUCCAUUCCCAAUGUAUUUAAUCUAUCACUAUUGCAUUUUAAUGAGGAAAUGUCAUUAAUGUAAAUUAUAAAGGGACAUACAGACUGAUAACUUUUUUUCCUUUUUCAGCAUUUUGACCUCCAUUAUUAUUUCCUUUUUUCCCAGUGUAGUUUAUCUUUAGGUUUUAGUCUCUUAGUCUGCAUCUUGAAGACCAAAGGGUAUUGUGUCUGCCAAUGGUCACUGAAAUAUAAAUUCUUUCUCUUUUUCACACAUUGGUUUAUGAUGAAGACAAAGUGUGGUCACUUCCUGGAAUAGGAAACCUGUAUUUUACUCUUUAUACAAGAGGAAAUACUUAAUCAGUUAUGGAAAUUUAAGUUCUGAGUCAAGAAUAUUAGUGUUGCACUAUCUGGCAUUCUGGGUCUUGAUAAAGAAUUACUGAGUUUAAAGUCCCUGUAGGGACUGUGCUGUGUGAUCCUAUCAGGUUAUGCUCCCUGCCCAUUAUAUUCUCAGCUCAGAAAAUAUAUUUCACUACCUUAAGAAUUAAGGCAUUUUUACAAUUUAGUGGUUUUCUUUUGUAGAAUUGCUGUCAAAUAUAGCACAUUGCUGAAAUCAGCAACAUAGCUUGUCUUGCCUUUGUUAAAAUUUUGCAUGAUAUAACAUAACAUGAUAGAUUCUACUGUCAUCUUUUUGCUCUGACUCACCAAUAGCAAUCAAGCAUGCUAAACCAUCUAGCAUUAAAUGCCCAUAAACAUAUUACAGCUAUUUCUUCCUCUCCUUGGAACUCUUUUUGUUCUCUCUGGAAGGAAAGUGAGUCAGAAAAAGAUAUGGGAAAUGUGCAAUGUUCCUGCAGAUUUAGCUCUGAAGGCAUAUUUAAUAACCAGUACAUCUUGGCAACUUUCUAAAAUAAAAAUAAUUUUCAUAAAAACACAUAACAGGAGAAAACUGGUAAAAAGAAAUGAGUUAGAACAGGCUUGUAUGCAAUAUUCUUUACUAAUUGUAAUUUAUUUAUGUGAUUAUGUUAAUAAAUCUCAUCUCAGUAAAACUGGCGGAAGAAGAAGAAUGAUCUUUCCAAAUAGGUCAGCUAUACUAGAUGAAACUCUUUGCCUAUUUUAUUUAAAUUCCAGUGGAUGUUCAAACACUGAGUGUUAGACAUAGGUAAUUUUUGCUUCUGUAAGUAGGAAAGAAACUAGGACUUCAUCCUGUGUGUAUGAGAGCUUUGUUUUGUUUAGAGGAAUUCUUUCUCUGGGGCUAAUUCUUGUCAGACUGAUCUUUAAAAAGUAAUUUUAAUGGCAAUAAAUGUUAAAAUUGAAAUGGUAUCCUUGAAAUCUCUGUAAGCUGACUUUAGGUUUGCAAAAGAUAAAGCAGGCAGAGUUUAUUCACAAGACGGCACAAAGUUGAGUGUGCAGCAGCGUAAACUUAGGCAUUUGGGUUCUGGGGCGUUAAUGUCCCUGGCAAAUGGUGUGACUACGGAAAAUUGCUCUUCACUCUGGGAUGAAGAUUUCUCAUUUGUAUCAGAUCUGUAGUUAUUAGUCUUUUUAGCAAUGUAUAUUUUUGAGAACUUGAUUAAAAUGAAUAUUAUGACACACCUACAAAACAUUACAUUUAAUUUUGGUGGGCCCACAAUCUGCGAAAGCAACAGCUCCUUUUUGAGAAACUCUGAACAAAAUAAGGGCUUCCCGGGGAGUUCAGUGGGUUAAGAAUCCGCCUGCAAUGCGGGGAACACAGGAGACACAGAAGACACGGCUUUGAUCCCCGGGUCAGAAGAUCCCCUGGAGGAGAUCAUGGCAACCCAAUCCAGUAUUCUCAGCUGGCGAAUGCCAUGAAAGAGGAGCCUGGCGGGCUACAGUCCCCAGGGUAGCAGAAAGUCGGACAUGACUGAGCUACUGAGCACACAUGCACAAACAGAAGAAUCAUCUUUACAGUUUUUUUUUUUAACCUAUACCUUUCAGUUCUCUGAUUUUUUUUUUGGAAGAAACUAUCAGUUUUUUUACAGGGUUGUUCUAAGAAAUGAACUAUGUAGACAAAGGGAAGGAAAUUCUCUCUAUAUGCCCCCAGACCAUGAAUCCAAUAGAAUUUUCCACUCAAUUUUUAAUCUUUUUUGGAUUUCCUGUUUUGUGUAAGGGAAUGAUGUGAUUUUUAUGUAUCAAUUAUUUUAUAAUACUAAACUCAGAUUCAUACAUACAUACACACACAGACCCCACUCACAUACAUUUAGAGCUUGCUGUUUUUGUCUUGGGGUGUUUUUUCAUUUUUGUCUUUAUUGUUUGUUGUUUUUUUAAAUUCAAGUUAAAGUUUAGAUGAUUGAUAGUUUUUUGUUUUUCUUUUUUUUAAAUUACUGACUUUAAACACCACUCGGGCAUUGUGAUAGUAUAAACAUUUAAAACAAACAAAUAAAGCAAUGUAAACAAAGCAUAGGCUGAAUUGAUUUAAUCAAUGGAUCCAUGUUACUCAUAACCCCCCAAAUCAGAGUUUGUUUGAAGUGUUAAUAGUAGGUACUGGAUUUAAAUUAUAAGUCAUCAUUAAAGAGGCUUGCUGGAAGCAAAUGGGCCAGGAUUGUCAUCAAUAGAUCAAGUUGGUGAUAAAGAAUAUUUAUUAUAUUAAGAAGAAAAAAUUUUAAGUAAAAAAAUAUUUUUCUUUAAGGAUGGUAAACUCAGUGGAACAGUGAUUUUUCUAAACACCCCAUGAGACACAUUUUAAAGUGCUGCCCUGAUAAGCAGAUUCCUUUUCUUGUGUUAUCCAGGAUACUGUAAUAUAUUAUAGAAACAUAAAGUGAUGAGAUGGUUGGAUGGCAUCACUGACUCAAUGGACAUGAGUUUGAGCAAACUCUGGGAGAGAGUGACAGGGAAGCCUGGCAUGCUGCAGUUCAUGGGGUCACAGAAAGUCAGACACGACUGAGCAACUGAACAACAAAGUGCUGAAGCUGGAACUACUCUGAUUGUGCAGUUGAAGAAUCUGAGGUCCAAAGGGAGAUGAAAACUUGCUUCAAGUCAUCCACUGAAUUUGUCACAGACUAGACUUUAAGUAAUCUCUGCUACUGAAAGGGGCUUCCCCCCUCCCUGUGACAUAUACAUUUAAUAAGUCACAUCUGUUGGCUUGAACCUCCCCAUAAACUCUAUUUAGUGUUAGGUGGAAAAUAAUGUAUGAGUGUUAAUUCCACAUUCAGAUACAGAAAAUCAGUCUUUUCCCCAUGUCUCUUCUAAUUUCUUACUUAGUCUUAUAUGUUUUGCUGAUUAGAGCCUAUUUCCAGAUAGCAGUUUUAAAAUAUGUCAGUUGUAGUAAAGGAGUUUGUAGGAGUUUGUAAUGGAGAAAUACAAGUAGUAUAGUUUCUAGGAAAUGCUAAUAUUGUAAUUUUAAAUUUAAAGUCAUAGACCAAAGUCUUAACUUCAGCAGCUUUCUAACCACCCAGGGAAAUGUUGAUAUUAAAACAAAUGACUUUGGUUCUCUAUUCACAUGACCAUAACACACUUCUUGUUCAGGAGAAGAGAGUCAGCUUUUUGUAAACUCCUGAGACAGGAAAUAAAUGAAAUCAAGCAUAAUGAGAUGGACAUUUAGUUCUACUACCACAGAACAAUGAGAACUCUUUUUCCUUCUGUCUAAAUCUCCCCUCCAUUACCCCCAACUUCUUUAUUUCAUUCUGUAGUAUUCUCAAAGGACAGAGUUGCAAAAGCUAGGUAGAUGAGGUUUUCCAAAGAAAAAAAGCAGAUUUCCAAUACUUAGCAAAGAGAUGUCCAAUAAGGGAAAAGAGAAAAAAGGUCAUGUGAAUCAUUUAAAAUUAGCAGAGUUAAGCAGCAUUGUUUUAGAACAGACACCAGUAAUGUUUCUGAAGCUAAUACACAGAAUUUUUAUUUUCUACUAUACAAAAGUUUGAUGUUCUUGUUUAUAGAAUCUAAAAAUAGAUUUUUAUUGUAUUUUACACUGGUGCAGAAUCCCCAGUAGUCUUAAUACUGCAAUUUAAGAAUUGGUAAGUGCAGGAAAUGCCUCACAGGAGCAAAACUGGAAGGGAGGAAAAAGGGAAUCAAAGAAAGAAAAACUGUUUAACAGAUCAGGACAUGUUAAUGCUUUAUUUUCAUAGCAUAGAUGCUCAGAUGUGUGGCGAAACUAGCUAUUACUCUUUUGGAAAAAUGUAAAGAAUGUUGUGUUUGGUUCAUCUUUAAGAAUCCUCUCAUUUUCAUUGUUACUUGAAUUUUUGUAGAAGCUUUACUUUUGAUCAGAAUUCUGUUUGGCUUCUAUAAGAAUUAGAGCUUUGAUGAGCUGCCAGUUGACCUGGAGACAACCCCGAUAUUUCGAUGAGGACCAGCGCCACAUAAAUGCUUUAGUAUAUGUGGCAAUAAAGGGAGGCUGCCACGCACUGCUUCAGCUGCCCAUGCUGUGCAUUGACAUUCUGUCACUGCAAGGUCAUAUUUCUCAGCGCGUAUCCUUCUACCCAGAGAGUGAAAUCUUCCUAAAAAGGCAGAUGCUGAGAAAGACAUUCUGCUGUGUCAACAGUGUAUCUGUUCACCUAUAUCACACAUUCAUCUGAAGAUAGUUAUCAUUUUAGGAUAACUAUAAAAUUCAUCUUAGUGGUGAGAAAUAUCCACAAGGCAUGAUAUGGGAGGCAAGCUUGUCUACUGUAUAUAUACAGCACAGAAUAUACUUAUAUAUAUAUACACAAGCACAAUGCUCUCAGCCAUGUCCGACUCUUUGUGAUCCCACGGACUGUAACCUGCCAGGCUCCUCUGUCCAUGGGAAUUCUCCAGGCAGGAACACUAGAGUGGGUUGCCAUGCCCUUCUCCAGGGGAUGUCCCCAACCCAGGGAUCAAACCCAGGUCUCUGGCACUGCCAGCAGAGUCUUUACCAUCUAAGCCACCAGGAAGCCCAUAUGUAUGUGUAUGUGUAUAUAUAUAUACAAGGCUCAGCUGGAGUGGAUACCUUGGAAUAUUUAACCACUUUCUCCUUAGCCAGUGGAUUGGCUGCUAUAUACAUACUCAGCUCUCCAGCUGAACCUUGCGUGCUAAGCUGCUUCAGUCGUGUCCAACUCUUUGUGACCCCAUGGACAGUAGCCCACCAGGCCCCUCUGUCCAUGGGGAUUCACCAGUCAAGAAUACCAAAGUGGAUUGCCAUGCCCUCUUCUGGAGGAUCUUCCUGACUCAGGGAUCUGACCCGUGUUUCUUAAGUCGCCUGCAUUGGCAGGUUGGUUCUUCACCACUAGCACCACCUGGGAAGCUGAGCCUUAAGGAAGGGAAAAUGCAUACACGUGCCAGAACUGACCUGGGUUGCACGCCAGGCUCAGUGAUUAGAUGUGCCACACAGUUUAAGCUGCAAACCCCCAGAGACUGUCCAGCUCAGGAAAAUACCAGCCUUUGAGUCAGCUUGGCAUCGUGAAUCACAUAUCUGGGUACCCACCAGGUACAAUUAUAUUCUUAUUUAAAGGUGGCCAAUAUUUGUUCACCAGAUGACAUUAGGAGAAAAGUGUCUUUACGGUCUUGUUCUUUUCAUUAAAAUUUAAGUUCAGAGUUGGGAAAAGUAAACAUCACUUUAAAAAGUGGGAAUAAUUGGCAGCAGUUCUGUUCUUCCCUGAGACUGCUAAUUUUAUCAUUUUAUUCAGCCACCUCCAGAGUGAAGAGUGAACAGAAUCCUGGGUUAGAAACUAGAAGACUUGUAGCCUUUAGCCCUGAAAAGUAUUCGACCACGUGCAUAAAAAUAGAAUAAUAUCUGCCUCUGCUAAACUCACAAGGACGCACUAUGGCAAGCAUGCGGAGGAGAGGAGGAGAGGGUGGUGAAGAAGGAUACAUUCCGGGCAAAUCUUCCUUAAUAGGUGUUUUGAUAGUACAGUCAAAAUAAAACACAUCUCUAUGUAAAAACACAGGCUUUUCUGAGUUACAGCCAUUGUUAACUGAAAGAAUUUAUAUUUUCUGGGCAUGUAAAGAAGUACCCACAAGCAGAUUGGCACCACUGUCUCUCCUGAGAUUUCUAUAAACAAAUCCACCUCUUUAUCCUGUGUAACUGUCAUCUGAAUUCCUCUUGAGUAUUUUAGAUCAGGCCCAGUGUGGCUGGAGACAGCUGUAUUUAUCCAUGAGAGUUGAACUAGGAAUUGUUGGAGGGUGAUACAAGUUACUUGCUUAUUUAAGGUUUGAUGGAGAAAAAUCAGGUGCUUUUGAGACAUUCUAGUGAAUUAAAACAAGGCCUUAAUCUUAGAACUAGAAAUAAUUCUAAAAAAGCUUUGUAGGAAUAAUUAUACAAAGCACCUGCAUUGUAGCUAUUUUUUCCUGGAUGGAAAUAAAAUUAUCUUUUUUCUUACGCUCAACAAAGACACCGUAUUAUAUAUUUUCAUCAAAGCUUUGUAGAUAUUUGUAUUUAAAUUAUGUAUAUGCAUAUGUAUGUGAGAGAAUAUUUUUAUGAUGGAUUUAAGGAAAAAUUGCCUAUGUGAAAUGACAUUCUACAAUAAUGUGUAAUGAUACUUUUCAACUUCCAUUAAUAAGCAUUCAGUAGUGGCAGGUUCACAAUUGAAGAAAACAUAGUUCACUUAUGACAAUGUGAGAUAAUCAGAAGUCUAGGCGCUUGAUUCUUGUUGAGCUGAAAGUAAGUGUGAUUUUAUGCGGUGCUGGAGAGGAAGCACUACGUCAGAUUCAACACUGAAAGAACUGGGAAAAAAUACAAUUAUUUUUUUAUGUAAGUUUAUUGGUAUAGAAUUGUGGUACAUUGUAGAAAACCUUCAUUGUUUUGCUAAACAAAUAAAGGUGGGUAAAUAUUCCUAAAAUUCCUUUAAUUGUAAACAAAUUUCAUGCCUUUGGCAGUAAUAAUCAAGAAUUUUUUUCCAGGAUUUUGAGUAUGUUAGUGUUUUUUCAUCCUAUGAAAGACCAAAUGAUCACACUAGUCUUACUUGUGAAGAUAUUAAAUGAGUGAUAUUUAAGAAAUGUUCCUUUGAAAGAUUUUGAAUGUAGUAUAAUUCCAAGCUUCUCACCACUCUUGCAACUUUCAGUUCAGCAGGAUGUAUAAUUGGGGAUUAUGGAAUUCUAGUCUCUAAACCUACUAUGCUGGGUUUGCAGUUUGGAUUUUAUUUUUGGUUUCUUUGUGUUUUGGCAUUAUUCUCCAAGCUCAUAAUUAUGCUCAUUAAACACUGAAAUAUUUAUAUAAUUUUAAGAUGUUGAAACUAUGCAUAUUUCUCUUCAGA